GUCAACAACCACACUCCUUUAACACCUUACGCUUUUAAUUGAAUAGUCCCGAUUGAUUCUCGACAUUUACCUUCCUUUACCUACAAUAAUAAUCACUCAAAAUGGCGCCAAAAGCAACCAAAGACAAAUACUCCGUGAUCCUUCCUACUUACAAUGAACGUCGCAACCUUCCCAUCAUUACAUGGCUUCUUAAUCGCACAUUCACCGAGCAAGGACUCGAUUGGGAGCUCAUCAUCGUUGACGACGGUUCCCCAGAUGGAACCCAAGUCGUAGCCAAUCAACUUGCCAAAGCUUACUCCCCUCAUGUUCUCCUCAAAGCUCGCGCCGGCAAGCUUGGUCUCGGAACGGCAUAUGUUCACGGUCUUCAGUUCGUCACCGGAAACUACGUUAUUAUCAUGGACGCGGAUUUCUCUCACCACCCCAAAUUCAUCUCUCAAAUGAUCGCGAAACAAAAGACGCUUUCUACAAACGGUGGAUAUGAUAUUGUUACUGGCACAAGAUAUGCCGGUGAUGGAGGUGUAUUUGGAUGGGACUUGAAGAGAAAAUUGGUUUCCAGGGGUGCCAAUUUAUUCGCCGAUACCGUUUUGAGACCUGGGGUUAGCGAUUUGACUGGAAGUUUCAGAUUAUACAAGAAAGCGGUUUUACAAAAGGUUAUUGAAAGUACGGAAAGUAAGGGAUAUACUUUCCAGAUGGAAAUGAUGGUUAGAGCUAAGGCUAUGGGAUGCACGGUGGCAGAAGUACCAAUCAGUUUCGUGGACCGUGUUUAUGGCGAGAGUAAAUUGGGUGGUGAUGAGAUUGUGGAAUAUGCAAAGGGUGUCUUGAAUUUGUGGAUGAAGGUUUAGGUUAAAGGUGUACGUGGAUAUAUUGUAUGCAUGCUGGAGUUGGUGGUUUUAUUGGGAUCUAUAAUGGUCGGAUUCUAGUACUGGGAAUUCGAUGAUGUAUACUAUCAUAUGGUUGGACUGGUGCAAUUUUGACAAUGAAACUUCCUUUUCA